GCUGCCAGAAGAAAAGUGCAAACGGGGAUGAGUAGAGGACGAUUAGGAAAAUCAACUCCCAGAGAGGUGCCGGCAAACGGAGGCUCUGAGAGGGCGGCUGGGCUGAAGGGUGGAGACAGAAGAUCCAAGAAAAAAAGAGGGAAGCAGAGCCACACUUUGAUGUGACUGAUGUGAUGUUAACUUCUUCCCACAACCUGACUGAUGGAGGUGGGGGAGGUGGAGGUUCGCUGCUGCUGCUGCUGCUGCGACUGUCCUCUUUGAAUCCCUGCACCGCCGCCAGUGAUGUCUCUUCAUGGUCUGACAUGAACGCAGCUGAACGGUGAAUCACAGAAAAACAGGAAGUUUGGACUGAGGCCCGUGUGAAACUUCUCAAUGAAGGAGCCUGACGCAAUCAAGCUCUUCAUCGGGCAGAUACCCCGAAACCUGGAGGAGAAGGACCUGAAGCCCAUCUUCGAGCAGUUUGGCAAGAUCUACGAGUUGACGGUGAUAAAGGACAAAUACACGGGGAUGCACAAAGGAUGUGCCUUCCUGACAUACUGUGCACGCGAGUCCGCCCUCAAAGCCCAGAAUGCACUGCACGAGCAGAAGACGCUACCAGGGGUGAACAAAACAAUUGAGAUGCGUCCCAGCGUAAGUGCAUUUGUGAUGGAGAAGCGAGGGAAAGACAGGAAGCUGUUUGUGGGCAUGCUGGGAAAGCAGCAGACGGACACCGACGUGAGGAAGAUGUUCGAGCCGUUCGGCAGCAUAGAGGAGUGCACGGUGCUCCGCGGGCCCGACGGCACCAGCAAAGGGUGCGCAUUUGUAAAGUUCCAGAACAACGCAGAGGCCCAGGCCGCCAUCAACGCUCUGCACGGGAGUCGUACUUUACCUGGCGCCUCCUCCAGCCUGGUGGUUAAGUUCGCCGACUCGGAGAAGGAGCGAGGGCUCAGGCGGAUGCAGCAGGUGGCCUCUCAGCUGGGCGUCAUCAGUCCCAUGACCCUGCACCUCGGGGCAUACAACGCCUACACACAGGCGCUGAUGCAGCAGCAGGCCCUGGUGGCGCAGUCGGCCUACCUCUCUCCUGUGGCCACGGUGGCGGCGGUUCAGAUGCAGCAGCUCGCCGCCCUCAACCCCAGCAGCCUCAUUGCCACGCCGAUCGCAUCCAUCACCCCCUCCUCAGGUACCAGCACUCCCCCCUCCAUGGCAGGCACACCCGUGCCCGCUCUGCCUCCACCAAUCUCUUUGAACAGCUACGCCUCCUUGCCAGCUCCCAACGGCCAAUCAGCGACCGAGGCCCUUUACACCAACGGGGUUCACGCUUAUCAAGCUCAGAGUCCUGUCCUGGACCCUCUACAGCAGGCGUAUACAGGCAUGCAGCACUACACAGCCACCUACCCUGCUGCCUACAGCCUGGUGGGACAGCCCUUCCCCCACCAGCCCCAACUGGUGGCCCAGCAGCCGCAGCAGCCGCAGCAGCUGCAGCAACGGGAAGGACCCGAGGGCUGUAACAUCUUCAUCUACCACCUGCCUCAGGAGUUCACCGACUCCGAGAUCCUGCAGAUGUUCCUGCCCUUUGGCAACGUCAUCUCUGCAAAGGUGUUUGUUGACCGAGCCACCAACCAGAGCAAAUGCUUCGGUUUUGUGAGUUUUGACAACCCGUCCAGUGCCCAGACUGCCAUCCAGGCCAUGAAUGGCUUCCAGAUCGGCAUGAAGAGACUGAAGGUGCAGCUGAAGAGGCCCAAGGAUGCCAACAGACCUUACUGAGCGAGGAAAACCUAAGAGUUCAAUCAAGAAAAACCACUUGGGAUGUCCCAGCCUUUUUUGGUUGUUUGACCAACCGUAUAGCACAGGAGCAACACAAAAAGCAGUAUCACACGUAUGCGCUUACAAAAAUACAGCAGUAAUAUCAGCAACGAUCUCCAGAAUCCACACUAUCAGAAGUGCUCCAGAUGUUCCUACUGUAUCAUUCCACAGCUGGAUUCAUUUAUAUUAUGUACAUACUCUAUUGUCGGCAACAAGAUCUACAUGUUAAGAAAAAGCAUAUCACUGAUGUUAUUCUACUGAACAGGGUUCUACUGUAUAGUGUGAUUUGUGGUCUAUGGCGUCAACAGAAGGCCAGUCUACAGUCAGAGGCUAAAGAAAAUACUAUUCUGUAUGAUUACCAUUGGUAAUAUUGUUAUGUAGAGUUAGUUUUAUUAUUUAUACGUAAAUUAAAAAAAAAAUCAUGGGGUAACGAUGCUGGAAGAUAAAUGGAUGUCCUCUCAGUGUAUAUACCUUGGUUUUCAAAAUGGAGGUAAAAGGACUUAAAAACGUCACGAGUUAAGAUUCUCUGCUGCCACAACUUUUCAAAAUUAACAAAGCGGAAGGAAGGGCUGAGAAUUUUUCUAUCUUGAUUUUUUACGUUUAAUUUAUUUGGUAAUCAAUUUGAU